AUGUCGCUUCAUACAACAGAAUUGGAUGGCAUCUUGCCUCUCGUUAACAGGGGAAAGGUUAGAGAUAUCUAUGAGAUCAAUGCUACAACUCUCCUUUUUGUCGCUACCGACAGAAUCUCCGCUUACGAUGUCAUAAUGGAAAAUGGCAUCACUAACAAGGGAAAGAUCUUGACUAAGUUGUCCGAGUUCUGGUUUUUCUUCUUAUUCAACCAAGUUCACAAUCAUUUGGUUUUGGAGCCACAUACUGACGAAGAGGAGAUUUUCAAGCAUUUGCCUCCUCAAUUGUCCGAGCCAAAGUACAAGGACCAAUUGGCAGGUAGAUCUUUGCUUGUGAAGAAGAUGCAAUUGAUUCCAUUGGAGGUCAUUGUCAGAGGUUACGUCACAGGAUCUGCUUGGAAAGAAUACAAGAAGUCUAAGACUAUCCACGGUAUUCCUAUCGAGGAAGACUUGCAAGAGUCCCAGGAGCUUCCUACUCCUCUCUUCACCCCAUCCACCAAAGCUGAACAAGGUGAGCACGAUGAGAACAUCACUCCCGAGCAAGCUGAAAAGAUUGUUGGCAAGGAGUUGUGUGACAAGCUAGCAACUAUUGCCAUUGACCUUUACACGAAAGCUAAGGAGUAUGCUAAGACUAAGGGUAUCAUCAUCGCCGAUACCAAGUUCGAAUUCGGUUUGGACGAGGGUGGUAAUGUCGUUCUUGUUGAUGAAGUGUUGACUCCAGACUCAUCCAGAUUCUGGAAUGCUUCGCAGUACGAAGUUGGCAAGUCCCAGGAAUCUUACGACAAACAGUUCUUGAGAGACUGGUUGACUUCCAACAACUUGAACGGUAAGGAUGGUGUUGUCAUGGAUGACAGCAUUGUUCAGAAGACAAAAGAGAAGUAUGUGGAGGCCUACGAAGUUUUGACUGGUAACACCUGGAAAGAAUAG